AUGGCACCAAAGACAGCAGACGACCUUAAACCUACUCAUGUCGCUAGACUGUUCUCAAGCAGUACAUGGACAAGAAGCAUAGCCUUCCUAUUUUGCGUCUUAUCACUGGUAGCUCAGGUUCCUGUGACUACUGGCAAAGAAUCCCUAGAGCAUUCCCAGCAUCGCUACAAACGUAACGUUCUCCAGCUGUGUGAGCUAGUGGCUCUGUACACGGGACGAUGGUGCUACAGAUACAACCGCUACGGUUGUUAUUGUGGCCUGCGCACCUCCACUGUUGCACCUGUGGAUUCUGUGGAUAGUUGCUGUCGUAACCACGACAACUGCUACGCCAGCCUGGGCGAUGGGUGUGCGUUUUUCCCAUCGAUUGUAACCACCUACCAGAAAGAAUGUAGUGGAAACGUCUGUCGCUGUACAGAUUCACCAACCGUGAACAGUUGUGAAUACAGGACUUGUCAAUGUGAUGUGACAUUCGCACAAUGCCUGCAAAGCACCACAUACAACCGCAGCUUCUAUAAAUACAAAAGAUCCAGGUGCCAGAGUUAG